CUCUGGUUUCCUGUAGAGAUGCUGGGCCCCAGAAUCUGGGCCUCUGUGAGGCAGGGCCUGGACAGGGCCUUGUUCAGAAACAUGGGGAGCUGGACCUCAGGAGAGGGAAAGAAGGUGGACAUCUCUGGCAUCUACCCCCCUGUGACCACCCCCUUCACUGCUACCAAAGAGGUGGACUAUGGGAAACUGGAGGAGAACCUGCACAAACUGGGCACCUUCCCAUUCCGUGGCUUUGUGGUCCAGGGCUCCACUGGCGAAUUCCCCUUCCUGACCAGCAUCGAGCGCCUGGAGGUGGUGAGCCGUGUGCGCCAGGUCAUGUCCAAGGAAAGACUCCUGCUAGCUGGCUCCGGCUGCGAGUCCACUCAAGCUACUGUAGAGAUGACUGUCAGCAUGGCACAGGUCGGAGCUGAUGCUGCCAUGGUCGUGACCCCUUCCUACUAUCGUGGCCGCAUGGACAGUGCUGCUCUCAUUCAUCACUAUACCAAGGUUGCUGACCUCUCUCCAAUCCCCGUGGUGCUCUAUAGUGUCCCAGCCAACACGGGGUUGGACCUGCCUGUGGAUGCGGUGGUCACACUUUCCCAGCACCCGAAUAUUGUGGGCAUGAAGGACAGCGGUGGUGAUGUGACCAGGAUUGGGCUGAUUGUUCACAAGACCAGGAAGCAGGAUUUCCAGGUGUUGGCUGGAUCCGUUGGCUUCCUGCUGGCCAGCUAUGCUGUAGGUGCUGUGGGGGGCAUAUGUGCCUUAGCCAAUGUCCUGGGGGCCCAGGUGUGCCAGCUGGAGCGCCUCUGCCUCACGGGGCAAUGGGAAGACGCUCAGAAGCUACAGCACCGUCUCAUCGAGCCCAAUGUUGCGGUGACUCGGCGCUUUGGGAUCCCAGGGCUGAAGAAAACCAUGGACUGGUUUGGCUACUAUGGAGGCCCUUGCCGUGCCCCCUUGCUGGAGUUGAGCCCCACUGAGGAAGAAGCGCUGCGUGUGGAUUUCAGCAGCAAUGGCUGGCUCUGAGGACAAGCAGGGCAUACCUGGCCUGAGCCACCGCAGUCUCCUGCCUUGCUCCCCCAGCCUGAAGAGGAGCAGGGGGA